UGUUCUUUUUCUUUAUUAAAAUACUUUGUUUUCAAUGAUGUCCGUCAACACGUUCGAUCUCGAAGCUGUUCUCAAUGGACGGGAUUCGCGAACAACCUUGAUGAUAUGUAACAUACCACUCAGUUUCGUCCCCACCAACAAAUCCUCUCAUUGUCACUGCAAUCCAUCUCCAUCUUCUGUGCUUACAUACUAUGCUUAAUCUUCGACAAAUCCCUAACGGACCUUUUCUCUCUUAUUCUAUCUCAUACUUGGUUUAGCAAAUGCUGAAGCAGGAAAUCGACGCAACCAACAAGGGAACGUAUGAUUUCCUAUACCUGCCGUGCAACGUAGCACGCAAACGCAACUUUGGGUACGCGUUUGUGAACUUUUCCGACGUUG